UUGAAACCUCAGCAAAAGAAUUAAUGUUGGUUUCAGGUUUCAGAAUUUUUACAAGAAGAAGACAAUUUGUACGAAGAAAUGGGUGUUACUUGUGUAUAUCCAUGGCCGUUAGCAAGUGGAAAAAAUGGACAACAAGUUGUUGAUAUAUUACAAAAGAAUGUUGAACUAGCUGGUGCACAAUGGUCAAAUAGUUGGUGUGUUGAUUGUGAGACAUACCAGUCUGCUGCUAGCAUGGGAAGCCCUCCAAAAAUUCUCCAUAUCAUCCACAACACAGAGUAUCCACUCUCUACAUUUGCAUGUCUGGAAAAUGGAUCAUGUCUUAUAGCAGACAGAGGGUUUGAUAAUGUCAUGUUAAAAAUAAAAGGAUGUUAUGAGCCUCGGAAAGGUGCCAAAAUUGAGGCAAAAGGUCAGAGGUAUGAACUAGGUGAUUUUGUCAUUAAAAUUGGCCAGGUUACUGUUGGAGUUAGUUUCAAAGGAAUUCUUAUUGAGGUUGAGUACCUUCCCUGCCUUGUUGCAUCACAGUGCUGGAGUUUACUUCAGGAAUUCCUUGAAGGAAUUACAGGAAUUGCAGUGGCAAUGCCUUCAUUACCAGCUAAAAAAAGUGAAAGUAAAUUCAAGCCUUCGGACACUAUAAUGCAAUAUCUCGAACAGUUUAAUAAAUGGAAAAAGACCAGUUCUACUUGACUGUAUCAAUGGACCCUAUCAAUGC